AUGGCCACCCCCAAACACGCCUCCAUGUUCCUCACACAGGUGCUGCAGCCCGCCCGGAGCCAUCUGAUUCGUCCCAAUCCCCCGGCCGAGAGCAUGAACCACGACCACGAAGGCGCAAAAGAGAAGGAAAGAGAUGUCUCCACAAAUCCUCCACCAAAAAAAGAAGGCCUUACACAGCGGUUGCAGAUCCCCUCUGGUUGUCGAGGUUUGGUUUUCAUCAUCGCCCCGACUUCGCAGGAGGAUGGGAACCAACGUGGAGAGUCUGGCGACAGCGAGGGGACGAUCACUCUGCACAGGCAGGGUGGUUCACUUCCCGUCUGGCAUGUGCACGAAGAUCACCUUGACGCCUUUCUCCGUAACGUCGAUGCAGCGUCCCUCCCUCCGCAGACCGGCCACGCCCAUGGCCUUGGCCUCGGCUUCGAUCUGUCCGAUGAGGGCUAUCCAGAGUUCCCUGCCACGGUUGUCGGGGACACAUCGACAGAUCGGGCUGUGCCGGAUGAAGAAGCUGGCCUGACCGAUCAGAACGACGAGAGCGUGCCACACCAAUGCACCCGGAUCAGUCUUCCCAGCCGAAUGAAAACACUCUCCACUCAAGAACGCACUGAAUCUCGGGUCGGUCAGUGA